AGUUGGAGCUCUGUGGUUGGAGUUAGGCCUAGUUGUUUGUGGUUAUGUUGCGAGCACAUGUUGACAAAUAGGUGUCUGAGGUUUGUUUUUGGUAUUCGUCAUAAAAAUUAACUUAUAAUCUGUUAAAAUGUUGCGUCGGCAAGCUAGACUCCGUCGCGAGUAUUUAUUUCGCAAGGCGUUGGAGAAUCGGCGUCGUGUCACGUUGGACAAGAAGGAACGAUUGAAACGCAGCUUGGAAGAAGGCACUCAAAUUGAUACAGAUUUGCGACGACAUGCUUUGAAGUUUGUUGACAAAGUCCAGUGGGACGACAAAGGUCCCGAACUUGCUGUUGCUUUAGGAACAGAGUCUGGAGGCGGAGGAAUCAACCAUGAGGACGACGAAUAUAGGUGGGCCGGUGUCGAAGAUCCUAAAAUCAUGAUCACUACCUCUCGUGAUCCUUCUUCAAGAUUGAAAAUGUUUGUAAAAGAGUUGAGACUAAUUCUACCAAAUUCUCAACGUAUGAACAGGGGAAAUUACGAGAUGAAACAAUUAGUUCAUGCUUGUCGGGCUAACGAUGUUACAGACUUUAUAAUUGUUCACGAACAUCGUGGUGUUCCCAACUCUUUAGUUAUCUGUCAUUUACCGUACGGACCUACUGCCUACUUCACGAUAAGCGAUGUUACAAUGCGUCACGAUAUUCCCGAUUUGGGAACAAUGUCUGAACAGUUUCCUCAUCUGAUAUUUCACAACUUUACGACGAAACUUGGGACUCGAGUUUCAAACAUUCUGAAGUACCUGUUUCCAGUGCCAAAAGAGGACAGUCGUCGAGUGAUUACGUUCGCCAAUCACAAUGACUACAUAACUUUCCGCCAUCACAUGUACAAAAAGGUGAACGGAAAAGACAUUGAGCUGACGGAGGUUGGACCUCGGUUCAUGCUGCGGCUGUACGAGAUCAAGCUGGGUACGAUUGACACGGCUGCGGCCUCUGACACCGAGUGGGCCCUGCGGCCUUACAUGAACACCGCCAUCAAGCGGAGGUUCCUGUCCUUCGAUGACGGAUGGAAGCAGGAUGAUGAUUUCGAGGAAGAGGAGGCUCAGUGAACAGAUUCAGUGCCAUCGUCCAAAACAGGAACUCAGUUUACUUUGAGUGCCCCAGUUACAUCUGUAUUAAAAUAUCGAUAGUAUCGAUAUUUCAGUAAGUAGUAUCGAUAUUUUAAUAUCGAUAGUACUAGUGCACCUAGGUCCAAAUUCACCAAAAACGAUAACUAGGUUUGAACGGCAUUUGGUUCUAAGUCAUAUGAUUUUCAAUUGGUUUUGUAAUAUGAUGUUUUGUUUAUUUGGAAUCAACUGACGCUCAAACAAAGUUUUCGUUUUGGUGAAUUUGGUCCUUUAAGGAGAGUCGGAAGGGCCUAUACCACCAAUGUUAAAUUGGCCAACUUCAAUGUACCUUUUUGAGAUUUCCACUGGAGAUAGGCUCAAAUUUUUUAUGAAAGAAUGCAUCUUUAUCUUCAACCUAAUGUAAGAAAUUUACUCUCAAGUCAUUUUCUCUCUAAAUACAUUUUUUUAGAAAAAUGUAUUUUUUCCAAUUAUUCCAUUGUAUUUAUCGUCAAUAUUGAAAAUAUGAUAAAUCGCCUCAAUCACUUUUUAGAAUAAUGCCUAAUGUACAUGUCUGCAAAAUUUCAAAGCUCUAUCUUCAACAGAAGUCUCAAAAAAGGAACAUUUAUAUGGAAAAUUUAGUUUUUUCAGGAAUCGUAUGCAAUUUUUCUAAAAAAAAUGUAUUCAGAGAAAAAAUGAUCUUAGAGUGAAUUACUUCCAUCAGAUUAAAGAUAAAGAGGCAUUCUUUCAUUAAAAAAAAUUGUGAGUCUAUCUCUAGUGGAAAUCUCAAAAAGGUACAUUGAAGUUGGCCUUCCGACUCCCUUCAAGUGAAGUAUCCCGAUCUUUAAUUUGGUGUGAUGAGAAGCUAUUCAAAAAGUGGACGCAAAGUGGUGAUAGUGAUAUCAAUAGGACGCUUUCGAAUAGGAAAAUUUUCAAUCGAGUGUUACGUUGUGAUUAUAACUGAAUUUUAUUAAAAAGUUUUAUCUUAUUAGUGUAAAUAAAGUAAACACUAAAUCUGAAUGACCAAGUUUAGAUUUUGACCUUAAAGCUGUUUCCCACAUUAGGCUUAUAUACGUGUCCGGUUUAGUGAAACUAUCAUUUCCAUAAGUUCUAAUAGGACUAUUCCUACUUGCUUGGCCGGUCUGAGUUGGAAUAGUCAGAUUAGAACACAUAGGAAUUAUUUUUUCACUGGACCGUCAAUGACUGAUAUAUUGGAAUCCGCUUUUAGCCGACAGAAUUGCGUCGUUGUCUGGUUGUGUGAAAUCGCGACUUUCUCAUGGCUAACGCCAGAAAAGUGAUAUUGAACAUCACAUGAGAUUUCAGGAGAAAGUCUAAAUUUUACACAAUCUGGCAAGGCAGUUGUUUAGUCGAUUGUAGCUCAAGUCUUGACUUUACAAGACUUGCACAUUACAAGUACAUUUAUUGUACAUUACAAGGCAAUUAUUGUUUUAUCAUUAUCAGUAACGCAACUAGCUUAUAUAAAUAGAUGUUUACUCGAUGACAGUUGAGAAGCUGAGUGGCUUGAAACAAUUGGAGUAAUAUUAGAGUCAAUUGUAAUACCUCAGUUAUCUCAAGCCUAUUGGGAUUUCAGCUGUAAUUGUGUGACUAAAAAUGUUAAAACUGUUCGCCAUUUUUUUUUACAGAAAAUGAAUAAAUUUUGAUUUAUA